UUCACCAACAUAUAAAGCAGCACUACAUCCACCAACUUGCAGGUUGCAGCUGAAGCAUUAGUGUAACCCGGCCCCUUCUAUAUCUGCGCAUCUCAUUCCUUCAUUUCCUUUCUCUCCUCUCUCGCUCUCUACCGUUGCCACAUCAAAUCGAUCGUAGCCAGGGCAGUCGUAGUAGAUAGUUGGGCUAACCUAGCUUAGCUUAGCUAGAUGAGGGCCGGGGGGUGCACGGUGCAGCAGGCCCUGACGGCGGAGGCGGCCGCCGUGGUGAAGCAGGCGGUGAGCCUGGCGCGGCGGAGGGGCAACGCGCAGGUGACGCCGCUGCACGUGGCGAGCGCGAUGCUGGCGCCGCCCGCGGGGCUCCUGCGCGCGGCGUGCCUCCUGUCGCACUCCCACCCGCUGCAGUGCAAGGCGCUGGAGCUGUGCUUCAACGUGGCGCUCAACCGCCUCCCCGCCUCCGCCGCGGUCGCCUCGUCGCCGCUGCUCGGCGGGCAUGGCCACGGCCACGGGCAUCACCAUCACUACUACCCGCCGUCGCUCUCCAACGCGCUCGUCGCGGCGUUCAAGCGCGCGCAGGCGCACCAGCGGCGCGGGUCGGUGGAGACCCAGCAGCAGCCGGUGCUCGCCGUCAAGAUCGAGCUCGAGCAGCUCGUCGUCUCCAUCCUCGACGACCCCAGCGUCAGCCGCGUCAUGCGCGAGGCCGGGUUCUCCAGCACGCAGGUCAAGGCCAACGUGGAGCAGGCCGUGUGCAGCACCACGACCACGACGGCCACCAGCGCUCCCAGCCAAAACCCUAACCCUAGCAGCACCGCCGCCACCAGCCCAGCUCAAGAGAUCAAGGCCAAACUGCCACUGCUCGACCAGGCGCGCGACGAGGACGUCACCGCGGUCCUCGACUGCCUGGCGGCUACCCGGGGCAAGCGGAGGGUCGUCGUCGUCGCCGAGAGCACGGCCGCGGCGGAGGCCACGGCGCGCGCGGCCGUCGACAAGGUGAAGAGGGGCGAGGCGAAGAGGCACGACGCGCUGCGAGGCGCGCAGGUCGUCAGCCUCCGCGUGUCGUCGUUCCGGGAGAUGCCGAGGGACGACGCGGAGCGGCGGCUCGCCGAGCUCCGGUGUCUGGUGAAGACUAGCCGAGGGCAGGUGCUCGUCGUCGUCGAGGACCUCAAGUGGGCGGCCGAGUUCUGGGCAGGCCACGCCGGCGUGAGGCGUGCCGGCGGCUACUACUGCUCCCUCGAGCACGUCGUCAGCGAGGUGCGCGCCCUGGCGUCGUGCGGCGGCGAGCACGGCGGCAUCUGGCUCGUCGGGUUCGGGACGUACCAGACGUACAUGAAGUGCAGGGCGGGGCAGCCGUCGCUGGAGAGCCUGUGGGGGCUCCAGACGCUCGCCGUCCCCGCCGGCAGCCUCGCGCUGAGCCUCACCUGCGCCUUCGACGACAGCGCUCUAGGCGCAGGCGCGGUCAAUCAGUCCAUGAAAGCGAGCCCUGACACCGAUGGGAAUGGGCCGGCGUCUUGCUGGCCGCUUUUGGGCAGCAGCCACCUCGUCUCCCGAUGCUGCGGCGGCGAUUGCUCCGCCGCGACGCAUGACACCAAGGCGUCGCUGCAGCGCUCGUUCGUCUCGUCGUCGACCAGCCUCCCUUCUUGGCUUCAGCAUUGCCGCGACCAGCAGGAGUCCACACAUUUCACAGAUCUUGGCAAGACAUGGGGCUCCAUAUGCGGCAGGCCGUCUCAGCGGAUGACGCUGCAUUUCUCGGCGCCGGUGUCGCCGGCGUCCUCCAUCUCCUCCUACGAGCACGGUCACCACCAGCCUCACCACUCGUGGCUUCUUGCCGACCUCGACGCCAAGCACCCAUGGAAACCCAAGCGCGAGGAAGACGACGAGAAGGCCAAGUCGCACGACUCCGGCGCCUCCAACGGCUCGGUGGAGGUGGAGUGCCGUUCCAGGUUCAAGGAGCUCAACGCCGAGAACCUCAAACUCCUAUGCGCCGCGCUGGAGAAGGAGGUGCCGUGGCAGAAGGAGAUCGUCCCCGAGGUGGCGAGCGCCGUCCUCCAGUGCAGGUCCGGCAUCGCCAAGAGGCGGGACAGGUCGAGGUCGACGGAGGCGAAGGAGGAGACGUGGCUGUUCUUCCUCGGAGGCGACGCCCACGGCAAGGAGAGGGUCGCGCGGGAGCUCGCCAGCCUCGUCUUCGGGUCACGCAAGAGCUUCCUCUCCAUCAAGCUCGGCGCCUCCUCGCCGUCCGCGUCGGGCUCCACCGAGGAGCACCGGAGCAAGCGGCCACGGACGACCACCUCGGCGGCGAGCGAGGCCUACCUGGAGCGGCUCUACGACGCCGUCUCGGAGAACCCGCACCGCGUCAUCCUCAUGGAGGACGUCGAGCAGGCCGACCAUUGCUGGCAAGUGGGCAUCAAGGAGGCCAUCGACAGAGGGGUUCUGCGGAGCCAGACCGGAGAGGAGGUCGGCGUGGGCGACGCCAUCAUCAUCCUGAGCUGCGAGAGCUUCGACGCGAGGUCUAGAGCCGGCUCGCCGCUGACCAAGCGGAUGAAGGUGGAGAAAGAGGAGGAAGACAAGGAUCACCACACAAGUGAUCAUGACCACAAAGAAAUCCAAGCUGGCGCCUCCUCCUGCUUCGAUUUGAACCUUGACAUGGGGAUUGAUCAACCAGAGGGGCUCAACUCCUGUGAUGUCUGUCUGCUCACGGCGGUCGACAGGGCGUUGCUCUUCAGAAGGCAGGAAGACAAGUAACAGUAAUAUCUACAUGAAGGAUCCAUGUGUUUAAUUAUCAGAGGGGCCUUCCGAUAAACAGCUCGAGUAGCUAGCUCAUUGCACGUCUAAUUAGAUUUUUUUUUUUCCUUUCAUUUGCUUUGGUAAGUUUCAAUGUUCUGUUAACUUUGGUUUUAGAGGAUCAUGGCAUUGGUGGUGCGGUUGGACAAUGGCAUAUUAUGCGAGCUUCGUUAAGAUGGAGCUCUGGUUAUAUAUAUUUGUGGUGGUGAUGAUCAAUAUAUUUUUAGCUGAUCUACGGUUUGGAUGACGGGGUAUACCUUGUAUUUUGAACAUGUGCUGAAUCCACUAGGAUAUCU